AUGGUUUGUGAGUGUAAAUUCUGCAGUUCAAAGGAGGUAGUUACAGUUUUGAAGGAUUUCAAUUCAAGAAAAAGACGCACACUCUUUUACAAACCAGUGCUUGUAUAUAGUUCUGGUUCUGUUUCGUCAUGGCAUCCUGUUUUUACAAAACUUGUAGGAAAUGUUGUGGCUUUAUCAGGCUUGAAAAGUUUCUAUUCGCAGCAUGGAUUAUUCAUGGAACUGUGCAACCAUGAUUCAUGUGUCUCUGGCUGUGGACCGUACAUCGGUAACCUGAAUUUGGUAGUUCCCUUAUCUAUUUUCAUAUGUCAUUGUGAGGCCUUAUGGAUGAGAGCAUUGCAGUUGGAAAAUAGCUGUGAAAAACUGCAUGAUGACAAGAAAUAUAGCCUUCAACUCUGUGAAGGGAGAUCUCAUGUUCAGUCUGUUAGAAAGAUAUUUUCAAGUGAAGAUAUGGGUGUAUCUUUGAUGGGAAGUUUGAAGGUUAGUGGUUGGUUUCCUAUUUCUUAA